CCCGGGAACGGCUCCAGCACCAGGAAAGGGGCUUCUGCCGGCGCAUCCUCACACGGACAGGCUGCGGCAGAGAAAGACGCGGGGGGCGAUGGCAGAGCUGACCUAGCUUUUGCACCCCUUUCUCGCCGACCGGUUCCCUGGCGAGCUGCAGCCAGGUCUCAGCCGGGCGACGAAUCGGCCCCGCAGCGCCGCCGGGCGGCGCUUGCGCACUGUGGCCGCCGCUCUCGCCGGCCUUUACGGCUCACCUCCAGGAGACGCGGCGUAGUCGAGCCGCGCCGUGCUGGCCUGAGCAGAACUGGAACCGCGGGGACCUGGCAGCAGGAGCGGAACCCGCCGCAGACCCGCCUGCCCUGGCGGCCGCUGCUGCCGCCCCGCCUUUCCCGCUGCCCGAGCGGUUCAGAGAGGCAGUAGAUCCUAGGGAUCGGUCCCGCGGCUCCGCCCGCCGGGCGCCGGUAGCAACUUUGCCGUCCCGGUUGUUCUCGCCUCUCUCCGAUGCAGUGUGAUCGCUUAGAUGGUGCGGUGAUUAAUCCUGACAAGAGUUUUGCAAAGCCUUUAAAAGCCCAAAGAUGUGCGCAGCAACCUGUUUUCUACCAGGCUGCUGGAGAGAAGGAAUUGCAAUUUCCCGGAAAGGGGAGUGUUUUCCAUAGGGGACCUUUCCUCACCAAUAAAGCCAUCAACAACCCGAAGCGACGGGAGGAUGUAAAUGGACAGUAAGAGGCCGGUGCGACUGCUGGCAGGAGGCAGCGGUCCCGGGAAAGGGCGGAGCGCCAGAGGGGAGUCCUCCUGGCGUUGCACUUGCUACAUUAACUCGGCGCGGCGGAGACAGCGACACAAGUUUACGGGGCUGCCCCGGGUGGUGGAAAGAAGAGCCUCCCCGACUCUUCGCUCGCUGCGCCCCCAGCGCCAGCCACUUCUCUCGGCGGACGCCGGCGGUAGCGGGAGUCGCGUUCCGGCCUCAGCGACGUCGUGGCUAGCCCCUGCCCGGCGGGGCACGCUAUCCCUGGGAGGCAGCCGAGCAUGUCUCUCGCUCCCAGCCCCGCUCAGCGGGGCGGCUGCCACCUCUGAAAGGGAGAGAGCGAGCCCCGCCGCCUCUCGGCCAUGCAGCCUCUCCGCGCUCCCCUCGCCCUGCUCUGCCAGGUGCUGAGCGCCUGGGCUGCCUGCGCUCUGGCCCCCGCCGCGGCCGCCGCGUUGCCUGCGCUCCCGCAGCGCGCCCGCUCGCUGCCAGCCCCGACGUCCCUCGUCCAGGGCCGGGGAGCAGCCGCGGCUCUCCCCGGGCGUGGAGAACUCUCACACGGGGCUAACGCCGCACCCGGCAGAGCGGCGGGGCCAGGUGGCAGUUGCGCGCCCCACGGGGCGGCGGGGACCAGGCUGCGGCGGGCGCGGAGCAGCGAGCGUGGAGCCGGAGCGGCGGCGGGGAGGGGCACGGCGAAUGGCCCCCACUGGCUGCCCCUGAACGGCUCCGCCGGCGGCGAGAGCAGCGCCGGGACCCGCGGCAACGCCACGGGGCGCCGUGCCCGCAUCCGCAACCCCUUCUAUCCGCUGACCGAGGAGUCGUACGGCGCCUACGCCGUCAUGUGCCUCUCCGUGGUGAUCUUCGGCAUCGGCAUCAUGGGCAACAUGGCAGUGAUGUGCAUCGUCUGCCACAACUACUACAUGCGGAGUAUCUCCAACUCACUGCUAGCCAACUUGGCUUUCUGGGACUUCCUCAUCGUCUUCUUCUGCCUGCCGCUGGUCAUCUUCCAGGAGCUCACCAAGAAGUGGCUCCUAGAAGACUUUUCUUGUAAAAUCGUCCCAUACAUCGAGGUAGCCUCUCUUGGAGUCACCACAUUCACACUGUGCGCCCUCUGCAUCGACCGAUUUCGUGCCGCCACCAACGUGCAGAUGUAUUAUGAGAUGAUCGAAAACUGCACCUCAACGACAGCCAAGCUGGCUGUCAUCUGGGUGGGUGCACUGCUGCUGGCCCUGCCGGAGGUUGUGCUGCGCCAGCUGGCAAAGGAGGACCCCGAGUACAGUGGCAGCCCACCAGGGGAGCGGUGUGUGGUGAAGAUAUCCACCACGCUGCCUGACACCAUCUAUGUGCUAGCUCUCACUUAUGAUGGAGCAAGACUCUGGUGGUACUUUGGCUGCUAUUUUUGUUUGCCUACCCUUUUCACUAUUACCUGCUCCCUGGUAACAGCAAGGAAAAUCAGGAGGGCAGAAAAGGCUUGCACAAGAGGGAACAAGAGACAAAUUCAACUGGAAAGUCAGAUGAACUGCACAGUGGUGGCGCUGACCAUUUUAUAUGGGUUUUGCAUCAUUCCUGAAAACAUUUGCAAUAUUGUGACUGCCUACAUGUCCACAGGGGUCUCUCGGCAGACUAUGGACCUCCUCCAUCUCAUUAGUCAGUUCCUUUUGUUCUUUAAGUCUUGCGUUACCCCAGUUCUCCUUUUCUGUCUCUGUAAACCUUUCAGCCGGGCCUUUAUGGAGUGUUGCUGUUGCUGCUGUGAUGAAUGCAUCCAGAAGUCUUCAACAGUGACAAGUGAUGACAAUGACAAUGAGUACACCACAGAACUGGAGCUUUCUCCUUUCAGUACUAUCCGCCGCGAAAUGUCCACUUUUGCCUCCGUGGGGACUCACUGUUGAUUGACUUUGGGGCUUUUUUUCCUGUAUCUUUUUUC